GCUUGGCCUCAGAGAUCACUAGUGCGCCGUGAUCGCGCUACUACUCCAAACGUAACAUUUGUCCAGGAUGAAACUGACACUAGCUCUCCUACUUUGUGUAGCGGCUUGCCGUGCUGACGACAUCGCAUCAGCAGCCGGUCAGAUAUUCAACAGCAUACUGCCGAAUUUGAUCAGCAACUCGGUAACCGGUCAACAGGGAAACACCGCUUCGAAUACAUUGCAACAAAUCGGAACUGUUGUCGGAGGAGUCGUUGACUAUGCUCACAAGAAGAGUUAUGAGGACAUGCUGCGUCAAGUACAAGACUCGACGACAGACGAUGACCUGCUCCGUAUCAGUGAAGAAAUGUUCAACGCGGAUGUUAACAACGCGUUCAACUACAUUCAGGUCAAUUUGCAAGGCAAAACCAGUCCCAUGUCCAAGAACGACGAAGCGCAAUCGAACUUAUUGUCUAUUCCCGAGAACGUAUGGAAUGGACCGACAAUCAGACCAUUCACAGCUCUCUUCGACAAUUAUCACAAAAACGUGAUCAGACCAGAAUUCGUAACACCUAAUGAAGAAACAGAACAGGUGACUUACAUUAACACAAUUCUGGCCACUGGUCCGAUGAGAAGUCUAAUGACAUUUCUCACCAGUAAAGGUCUGAAUCAAAUGAACGAGUACAAAGAACAAGUGGAUUUGUUAAAGAAGAUCUGGUUCACUAAAUACGCACGCCACUGGACCGGCCUUUGCAAGUGCAGCUGCGCUUUUGAAAACAUUUUCAUGGCCGAACUUAAAUCGAAUGAUGUACUAGGACUUCAUAGUUGGCUGUUCUUCGCUAAACGGGAAAUGGACCGCAAAGCUAACUACUUGGGUUACAUCGACAAACUCGACCUUUCUGGGAAAGGCUUGAUCCUCAAACAGCAUUCCAUUCUGAGUGAAACCAAAGACGCGCCAGAGCUCACCAUGUUCGUAGGCACUUCUCCUGAGCUAGAAACAGCUCUGUACACACUUUGUUUCAUGGCGCGCCCCGACCGCCCUUGCAAGUUACGUUAUAACAAUGUCCCCUUCACCAUUCAAACCAAGACGCUGAAAGCUGAUAACGUCCUCCUGAUUGACACCGCUUAUCCAAGCUUUUAAUUUUGUAUAAUAGCGUUUAAUUUAAUUUGUAAUAAAGUAUGAGUAUCACUCAAUGCUGACAGGUUGUUCGGAAAGUUAUUUCGUUUUUUCCCAACAGAUGACUUAAUUGUAUUUUUUCAACAAGCUUUUUUCGCCAACUUCACACUUAAGCCGUAAUCAUUAUAUAUUUUGAUAACUUAUAUAACAAGGCUUAGAUAAUUGUGAAUAAAAUCGAUGGAUCUUGCACUGAAGGUAGUUUUAGGUCGGCACUCUCUUAAACUUUAAAAGUAAAAAUACUGUUCAAGCUAGAAAGAAAAUAUCCGAUGUAGUAUAUGGAGAAGACUUAUUGACGCCAGGCCCAAAACUGGUUUGCAAUCAGAACCGGCAAUUUUAAUGUUAAAGAUAAGAAAAUAGUCAUUCAUUUUUGAAAAUAAAAACCAAGCGACUCCGAACACAAUAUUUUGUAACAAUUUUACCAUGACUUGUAGUACAAAAUAAUAAAAUUUAAUGUUA